UAGUGCUGAGUUCAGAAUAAACUCUGCCCUUAAAAUAUGUUUUUGGGAACUGAACAACAGUCAUACCUAUUUUCACAAGCUUCAAAAAUAUAUGUACUGAAUCUGAGGUGCGUGUUCUUUUCCAUAGGAGUGAACUCUGAGCUAAUUGUUGUUGUUUCUCAGAGCAGAAUCAUUUGUUUGAGGUGUCUCCUUCAUUCUGGCCCACUCUUGGCCUGUUGGUAACUCAGCCAUGCUCAGGAAGGACUUACUCCAGGACUCUCAUGAAGCAAGAUGGGGAGUCUCUUUCUCUCUUGUCUCUGUGGCCUGGUGGUUUCCGAACUUCCUGUUGUAAAGAGAAAAGGCCUUGCAAGACGGAAGUUCGCUCUGGGUGAGAUCACCCAGAGUCGUCUUUAACGGGGCCCAAGAUGAGCCGGAGGUCCAAGCCAGGAGCCCGGACACAGCAGGAAAAUACACCAUCUAACCUGCUCCAGGACCAUGAGAACCAACAAGUGUUUGAACUCCUGGGCAGGAAAUGCACGGCCAUGGUCACAACAGUGGCCCAGCUAUUCCUGGCUUUGCCACAAGGCAGCAGAAACUGGUCCAAGCAGGGCUCGGGUGCCCUGUGCUUCGUGAAGGAUAACCCCAGGCGUUCCUACUUCAUCCGCUUCUACGAUCUCAAGGACAGGAAGAUGACCUGGGAGCAAGAACUGUACACUCAGCUGGUCUACACUGCAACUACCUCUUAUUUCCAUACCUUCCCAGGAGAUGAGUGCACCGUGGGGCUAAAUUUUGCCGAUGAGAAUGAAGCAGACAUUUUUCAACAUACGGUGGAGGAAAAGAUCCAGAAGAGGAACCAAAAGAUGGAAAACAGGCAACUGCCACCACCGCCACCUCCAGUCAACGGGGACAGAAGAGCAGUUGGUCCUCGAUAUUCACCCUCUGGGGCUGACCUGAAUGGACCUGGUAUGCAGCCAACCUCCCCUUCUCCAGCUCUUCCACUUGCAACUGUUGACAUACAGAAUCCAGACAUCACCUUUUCCCGCUACCGUGGGCUCCCAGUUCCCACUGCAGUGGAUAAGAAGAAAGGGAAAAAGAAGAUUUCCAAGGCUGACAUCGGAGCUCCAAGCGGGUUCAAGCAUAUUCAGCACAUUGGAUGGGAUCCCAACAAUGGCUUUGAUGUGAAUAAUUUAGACCCUGAUUUGAAGACACUUUUCUCCCAGGCGGGCAUCAGUGAGGCCCAGUUGACUGACGUGGAGACAUCAAAGCUCAUCUAUGAUUUCAUUGAAGGCCAAGGAGGACUGGAGGCUGUGAAGGAAGAGAUCAGGCGACAGGGUCCGAGCCAUCCUCCUCCCCCUCCCCCAGGUCGUUCUGGCCCCUUGCCCCCACCUCCAGGCCACAGCCGAAGCAGUCCUCUUCCCCCGAUUCCAGGAGUCCCACCUGUCUCAAACAAGGCCCCCAUCCCUCCCACACCGCAGCCCCCUCGUGGACAUCCCAAUCAGUGGGCACCCCCUCCACCUGCUUCUCGUGGUGGGCCCAGCCGUCCUCCCCCACCCUCCGCUGGAGCAGUCCCAGCCCCACCCCCGCCUCCCCCACCCCCUCCGCCCCCACCCCCUCCCCAAGGUCAGGGCCCAGCUCCCUGUGCCCCCCCUCCUCUUCCUUCCGGGGGAUUUCCUUCUCCAGGAACUCAGCCUCCUGCCCCUUCCAUGGGCCGUGGUGCAUUGCUGGAUCAGAUACGGCAAGGAAUACAACUCAACAAGACCCCGGAUGUGUUGGACUCACCACCACCUGCUGAGAGCUCUGAAGGCCUGGUAGGGGCUCUUAUGCAGGUGAUGCAGAAAAGGAGCAAGGCCAUCCAUUCCUCAGAUGAAGAUGAAGACAAUGGAGAUGAAGAUGAAGAUGAUGAAUGGGAGGACUGAGUUAGAAGGAAGCCUGGCACAAAGCCUGAUCCUUCUGUCAACCUGUUGAUGAAACUGCUGUGGGCUUCUAGUCUUGCGCCUUCUUGCAAGAUGUGCAGAUUGUUCUGGUAUCCAAGAGAUGUUGGGGCAACUCUGUUUUAGUAUUGACAGCAAAGGACCAUUAUUUUCCCUUCCUCUUUUCUGGCAUCACUCAGGCCUAAGCAUAAUUCCCAUUUUCUUCCCACAGUUCUGCACCUGGAUGUCUUUGACAGUUUUCGAAAGUGGGGAUGUAAUCCCACCUUUUUCAAAUUUUGCCUUGACAAUACCACUCUUAAUCUGCAGUUUUUACCUUUCUAAGAAAGAUAUCAACUUUCACCCAACCCCCUCAUCUUUCUUUCUUUUCCCACCCAGCCAUCUAGUCAUUUCCAUCAUGUGGGCCCCCUUUGAGGCUAGCAUGAAAGUACAAGGUUGAUAGGUGAGAAGAAUGUAAGAAAAACUGCUUUUGUAUAAAAUAUCCUGUGCAUUGAAAUCUUAGUUGUCUAAAUUCUUUGCAGAGUUUUAAAGAUAUACAUAGAUUAUUUUGCAUUAGCAUUUUUGGUAUGUAUUGGGGUAGAGGGAGGCAAACAAUAACUAAAGCUGUCGUUCCCAACCUUUUUGCCCUGAAGGAAUCCUUGAAAAUCAUUGUGAUUUCAAGGAUUAUUUCAAGAAAAAUGUUAUAUCUACAGCUUUAAAAGGGGUUUCUUUCUCAAUUAAAUAUCUCACAGAAGCCACAGCAAGUUUUUGUGGAGCCCUAUGGAUGGCUAUGGACUCCGCAAUAAAAAUCAAAGUGACCAUGAAGCAUGGCAGAAACAUUUAUUGAAGUAUGUGUGGGGAACCAGAUUUGUCUAGCUUAAAAAAUCUUGUUUCAAAAAUCACACACUCACAGAGCGAUAUCGUCUUAUUCAAAUUGCAACCUCCUCCAUACUCGAUCCUCUACCUCUUGGACCAGUUGUUUAAGGGACAUAAGUGCAUCUUAACUAAAGAUGGGAUGUGCAGGAAAAUUCAAUUUCAUAAACUUUGUUCUGUCCAAGGAAAGGACAUUGCUUCUGCUCUAAUGUCGCUGGGAAGGGAGUUCUACAGCUGAGAGGCCACCACUGAAAAGGCCCUGUCCCAUGUUCCCACCAGUUACACCUGCAAAGGGGGUGAAACUGAGAGCAGGGCCUCCCCAGAAGAUUUUAACAUCUGGGCUGGUUCAUUGGGGGGAGAUACAUUCAGACAGGUAAUAAUCAUGAUAAACUUUAUUUAUACCCCGCCACCAUCUCCCCAAUGGGGACUCGGGGCGGCUAACAUGAGGCCACGCCCAAAAAACACAAUACAACACAAUAAAAUAAAAUACAGAAUGUAAAAACUUAACUUACAUAAAAAAUAAUUAAAACAAAACAAUAAAGCAAAUGAUCACAAAAUAAAAGAUAAGAUGGGUCAGAACCAUUUAGGUACAAUUCAGGAGCACUGCACAGGAAAUCCUAGCUUCACCCUGGGUAUUUGGGGGAUGUGGAUAAAGUUGGGGCAAUAUGUUAAGAGGCACAAACCAUCGCUGAAUAUUCUUUGCCGAAGAAAAUCCUUUGAAAUCCCUGAAGUUGCCAUACGUCAAUAGGCACCUUGAAGGCACAAACGCAUUAAGUGUGUCCAAAAUCAACGACUAUGAGCAUUCUAACCAGAUGUGUAGAAGGGAGCUCCAUUUCCAUCAUCCUUUUCCACAAAGUGGAGAUGGGAUUUGUGAUAAAUCAUUUGACUGGGCUAGAGAUUUGGGAAUGCAGCAAUGUGACUUUUUUACUUUGUACAGAAAUAACUUUCAUCCAUAUUUGCAGCCUGAAUUCAACUUCAUCUGUAAAGGCUGUUUUUAAUUGAGCAUCUACAAUAAAUUUAUCUCUGUCUACUAAUUCUUGAAACCGAAUAUUGAUAUUGCCUAACACUGAUAUCAAAUAAUGUCUCAAUAAUUUGUACUGACCCUGGUUGUCUAUAGACAUUAGGGUUAAGUUUUUUGAGGCACAAAAGAGAGGACUGUUGUGAAAAAAUAUG